AUGGAUAGCCUGAAACUCUUCGAAUUCAUCCAGGGUGAGGAGGACGAUAGCAACAUCUUGGAUCAGCUCCAGCAACAUACCAGAAAGGGCAAAAAGUUGCCAUGGUUUCAAGACGUGAUUCCAGAGUUAAUCCCAGGCGUUGAAGAUAGCCAUACAUGGCUGAGCCAAGCGCGGAAUUUGCUAUGGACAGAUACCGAGUAUGACGAGCACGAGAAGAAGAUCGAUCGAAAGAAGAAGUUACUACAGCCAGGUCCUGAACCAUUCGCGGUGGAUCACUAUCGUCUCCGAAAACACUGGCCAAUCUAUGUCGAAGCCUUGCGACCGAUGACAAAGAGAAUGUUAGCAGCAGUGAAUGAGGUCUACCAUGUGGUAGCUAGACAAGAUUGUCUGACUGAGGACCGCAAUACAGCUGGACUCACGAGUGAGACGGACGACAAACACCACGCUUUCGUAACCGUCGCAGUGGCCCUGCAAGACCAGGUUGUAAGCCCUAUAAUUGGAGAUAUCGAGCGGCAACAGGAAAGUCUCAGUGAUGAGAUUGGACGCGCGCAAGACACUGAUGAAGGAGAUCAAGACUCUGUGCAACAACGAUUAGACCUUUUCACCGAAGAGAGGCAGGAAAGUCAAAAGCUAUUGAAGGCUCUCAAGAAAUUCCGAGAUAUACUUGUUGACGAGAAGGAGACGCAGGACCGGCGCAAGGAUUUGAAGAGGAACCCGGUUGUUGGGCAGUCAGAGUCAGAGUCAGACUUAGUCAUACCAAGGAAGAGAGCAAAGCAGGCGUUGCCACUGAGAUGA